AUGGCCACACGUCGGCCAUCGGCUCCGCACGAUCGGGCCCUCACCAUGACGGCCCCGUUGCAUCGGACGCCGCAGCCCCUGGUCUUCCAGCCUUUCUUGGACCAAAUCCUCCCGAAGGUGCAUCUGAUCGCCUCGAACGGUCUGCAAUUGGAGCCCGGCGCGUUGAAUCGCCUCGAUCGCUACCUCUUCCUGGUGUUGGUAUACAUUCUUUCUGGACUCGAGGCCUCCGGAGCCACGCCGGGCCCGGCCGGCGGGGCCCCGGCCGUCGUCCCACCCGCCGGCCAUGCCUCAGUGCCCCACUCGCGCACCGGCUCGGCCGGCACCAUCGGGGCCACCUCGUCCACUGUCCCGGCCGCCAGCCCAGCCCCCACCGGCCCGGAGAUGGCUCCCUAUGGCCUUGCACAUGUGGAAUUCCAAGACCACCAUCCGUGA